CAACUAGAGAGAGUUCUGGUAAAUGGACGAGUCUAAAUCUCACGAAAAUUCAGCACAAGGUUCUAUAGUUCGAUGCAGCAUCAUUAAUUAGGGUCAGACUAAGGAACCAUAUUCGCUUUCGUAUUCAUUCUAGUGUUGCAAACUAUAAUGUUUCCUCGUACUUUUUUCUUCAUUCUUAACACAAAUCUCGUUCUGAGUUCAGUGUCAGCAACUGAAUUUGUUUAUAACAGAAACUUCAACUCAACUAACGUAAAACUACAUGGGAAUGCCACCAUUCAAAGUUCUAUACUUACUCUUACAAAUCAAACAUUUUUCUCCAUAGGUCGUGCUUUUUACCCUUAUAGAAUACCUAUGAAACCACCCAACUCUUCUACCCUACUUCCCUUUGCAACCUCUUUUAUCUUCUCCAUUGCUCCGUGCAAGAACUUCCCUGUUGCUCAUGGUUUUGCCUUUAUUUUCUCUCCUGUGAUGGCCAUAAAUGGAGAACUCUCGGGGAAUUACUUGGGCCUUUUUAACCGCUCCACUUCAGGUAAUGCUUCAAACCAUGUUUUUGCUGUUGAGUUUGAUGAUUUUAGGAACGAAGAGUUCAAUGAAGAUAAUGAUAAUCAUGUGGGUGUGAACUUGAAUUCAAUGAUUUCAAUGUACUCUGAGCCUGCUGCGUUCUGGGGUGGGAAAGAUGGUGAGGAAUUGGAGAGUUUGAAACUGGCUAGUGGUCAAAACUAUCAGGUUUGGAUAGAGUUUGAAGAUUCACAGAUUAAUGUUACUAUGGCCCCAGCAGGGAAAAGGAAGCCUCAUAGGCCUUUGAUUAGUAAACCUAUUAACCUUUCUUGGGUUUUGUUGGAUGAAAUGUAUGUGGGGUUUUCUGGAGCAACAGGGAGAAUGGUGGAUAUUUGUAGAAUCUUGGCUUGGAGUUUUAGCAAUUCUAACUUUUCAAUUGGUGAUGCUUUGAAUACCAAACAUUUGCCCAUGUAUAUGCAUCCAAGGGAAUCGGUCUUUAGAUCAAAAGGUGUCAUUGUUGGUGUCAUUUUUGGUGCACUUUUUGUCUGUGGUUGCUGCUGCACUUUGGUGUUUUUCUGUUUGUUUAGAACCAGAAGGGAUGAGAAGCAGGAGAAAUUUGAGGAUUGGGAAUUGGAGUAUUGGCCUCACAGGAUUAGCUAUCAGGAGAUUUGUGAUGCAACAAGUGGAUUUUCUGAAGAGAAAGUGAUUGGGAUUGGAACAAGUGGGAAAGUAUACAAAGGAGUUCUGAAAGGAGUUGAGGUUGCAGUGAAGAGAAUCAAUCAUGAGACUCAGCAUGGAAUGAGAGAGUUUCUGGCAGAGAUUUCAAGCCUAGGAAGAAUGAAACACAGAAAUUUAGUUGGGUUCAGAGGUUGGAGUAAAAAGAAAGGAGGAAAAUUGAUACUGGUUUAUGAUUACAUGGUGAAUGAGAGCUUAGACAAAAGGAUCUUUGAGUGUGCAGAGACCAUGUUGCUAAGCUGGGAAGAAAGAAUUAGAGUUUUGCAAAAUGUUGCCUGUGGAAUUUUAUAUCUACAUGAGGGUUGGGAAGUUGAGGUCUUGCAUAGGGAUAUCAAAUCCUGUAAUGUGCUACUUGACAAGGACAUGAAUGCUAGAUUGGGGGAUUUUGGGCUUGCAAGGCUGCAUCAUCAGGAACACGUGGCUGACACAACAAGAGUGAUAGGGACUUUGGGGUACAUGGCACCAGAACUAGUCCGAAUUGGAAGGCCAUCAACUGCAAGUGAUGUGUUUAGUUUUGGAGUAUUGAUUUUAGAAGUUGUGUGUGGGAGAAGACCAAUUAUAGCAGAUCAGCCACCAUUGGUUGAUUGGGUAUUUUCCCUUAUGGAGAAAGGGGAAUUGAAUUUUGCCACUGAUGAGCGUUUAAAGGCUCAAAGUGGAUAUAAUGCCGAUGAAGCUGAGAGGCUACUUCAUUUGGGUUUGUUAUGUGCAAGUUUAGAGCCUAGUAUUAGGCCAACAAUGAGGCAAGUGGUGAAAGCAUUGGAGGGAAUAAAAUGCACUGAGUGUAAUGAAGAGUGCAUCCAUAUGGGUCUGCUUGGAAAAAUAAACUCAGCAGCAUCAUGGUCUAAGAGUUCUUCAAGUUCUGCCAAUGCAAGUUAUCCGACUUUUGAUGAAAUUUUGCAGACCAAGUUUUAUUCUACAGCAUCUUUAAGCAUAUCUUGCCCCAGCCCACAACCAGAGUCAGAUUUUAUCUCAGAAGGAAGGUGAGAGCUGAAAUUGAUUCAAACAUUAUGUUAAUAUUGAAAUUGCAAAGAACCACGGAUGCUGUUGUCAAGUUGCAAACAUUUCCACUUGUAAAGUGCAUGCACCUUUUGCUCCAAAAGUCUUGAGUUUCGCUAAAAUAGUGAUCAUAAGUCUCUAUCAUUGCGGCUGCUAAAAUUUGCAUUAAAUUGGGAUGCUAUUUUUUUCCUUAUCUUUGCCAUAAUUUCAAAUCUCUUUCUUUGGUGCUCCAGUUCUUUGUAUACUGCUUAUGUUCAGAGUUCUUUCUUGGACAAAUCAUUUAUGCAACAUAAAAAUUAAUAUGAUACGCG